AUGUCGACGACGGAGACUGAUGGCAACGCUGCGGACCUGCCACCCGCCAUGGACACGUUCCGGAACUCGGAGAUCGUGAUCAUGGAAGAAUCGGACGCCAAAAACACAAACGCGUACAUUGAUGCGUUUCAGCGGCGGCGAAAGACCCGCAUCGUUGCGAUAGCGGCCGGUGCUCUUCUCGUGCUGGGUGUGGCGGUCGCUGUGAUCUUGGGAGCAGACAAUGCUGCAGGUAAUGCCAACACCAGCAGCGACCAAAGUGGCAGCGUCCCCGCUGAUGCCGCCGUCUCUACAAACAACGGCACAAUCGUUGGUGGGAUUGCCACGUACUUCACACACCCGACUCUGCCCCCAGACAACUCGACCGCCGCCAUGGAACACGGCAACAAUCCGGGCAGUGUCGACGACAGUUUGAGCAACGGCGAACAGCAAACUGACUCCAAGUCUGCCGAUUCUUCGAUCGAUGCCUCCCGACCGCCCCCAUCGACUACCAGUCUGGACAACCCGAUCUCGACGACCCCCACACCUUCGUCUGCUGGGGUGAAAACGACACCCCCCGUUUCUACUGCAGUACCUCCAACCACGUCACCAGUUGUAACGAGCUCCCCAACGCCCGCCCCACCACGCCCAACGGCAGCCCCAACUCCGCCUCCUGUCCAGCCAACUACCCCCCCUACUCCACCGCCAACCCCCAGUACACCAUCGCCUUCGCAGCCCACGCCACCACCUCCGCCAACUGGAAACGACCUCAAGGCGCAGAUCGUCCGUCAAACAUCCAUCAUUCGAGCUGGCCACGGCCUCGGACCAGUGAGAUGGAAUCAAGACUUGGCCGUGAAGAUGCAAACGUGGGCAGACAGCUGUCCGCAAAGGUUCGGUGGCGGCCACGGCGGCCCCGCCGGCAACCAAAACUUGGCUGGGUUUGCCGAGUGCGGCAACAACUGCAUGCACGUGCCUGGCCCUGCCCAAACGUGGUGGGAAAGCGAGGAAGAGCUUUGGGACUACGACACAAACCAGUCAAAGGACGGGAACUGGGUCACGACCGGCCACUUUCAAAACUCGCUCGACCCUGGCGUCACUGAAAUCGCGUGUGGCUGGUCCACGUGCUUCAAUCCCAACGUCAACAAACAAGACUCGCUCGUGUGGUGCAACUACCUCGGUGCCAACAACGGUCGCAUCCCGCGCCCCAAGAUCUCCAAGGCUCAAAUCAAAGCCAACCUCAUCGCGUAACGCAGUAGUUAACCAGCUUGAAACGGUGAGCUAUGUU